ACAGUCAUCUGGAUUGCCCUCUCCUCUGGUAGUUCAGACAGACUUGAGAAGCCCAGCGGAUUUCCUGCUCAAAGCAAUUCAUUCCACCCCACUGCCUACUAGGCUUACGGAGCACAAAGCCAGUCUGACCAGUGGAGAUCAGUGCCUGGAGUCCAGUAACCUGGAGCUUACCGCAAAGGACACACCUCAUGUAAGAAGCAACUCAUUGGAGCCACUUCAGUUGGCUGAUAAAAAGGCAUUUCCCUCACCGCCACUGUACCGCAGGGAGUCCAUCAUUUCUGUGUGCCUGGAUGAGAGGAGCCAUCCUCAUACACCUGUUGCUGAGUUUGAGCUCACCCCAUUACAUAAGCAUUGUCCAUGCAAUGGGGUGGGAUCUUGCACCCCUACCACCCCUCAGGGACAGACUUUCUCUACACCCCCCACCAGGAGAUCUCUCCCCUCUGCACAAUUUCAGGACAUCCAUUCUGUCUUCAAGGUGAAUACAUCAUCUCCCCAGAAUGGGGAACUGAACUACAAACCAGAAUCUGUAGUUUUCUCUGAGUGCAGUUACAGUACUGCCAGUACACAAACCCCACCUGAGUUUGCGCCCUCAGAAGACGAACCACAGCCCAUGUACCAGUCAGAUUAUAUUGUGGAAAAUGAUGUGCAGAUGUUCCUGUCCCCUGGCCGCUCAGGAGGAAGCAUGUGUCGACCUGGUCAGUCAUACUACACUAGAGGAUCCGUGAGAGGAGGAUCCUACAUUCCCCAGGCUCAUCUCAGGGAUUCUGGUCCUGUCCGCUAUGCUGUAAGGGACCCUGGAUACCAACACAAAAAUGAAGGAGGGAGGCAUAACUCCAGUGCAGCAUGGAGUGAUUGUUCCCAGUUGAGUAGCCCAGACCGGGAGGGAUCCUUCACCAUUGUUGACUCUGGGCUAGGUGACUCAUUGUCAGUCUCCACUGUGGAGGUCUCACUUACUCCCCACAGCCAACACCACCCUGCAAUGUUACCAAUGCAACUCUACCCACUCUCCCAGCCUCUGCAAGUGGCCUUCACUGCCUCUCGCACUGCCAACUUUGCCCCGUGUAAUCUGGACCAACCUAUUGUGUUUGACCAGCUACACAGCAAUCUGGGGGAGAUGUACGACACCCGUAUCGGCCGCUUCACCUGCCCUGUCAACGGAACGUAUGUCUUCAUCUUCCACAUUCUGAAGCUCGCCAUCACCGUGCCGCUCUAUAUCAACCUCAUGCGCAACGAGGAUGUGAUGGUGUCCGCUUAUGCCAAUGAUGGAGCCCCAGAUCAUGAGACAGCCAGCAACCACGCCAUCCUGCCUCUCUUCCAAGGGGACCAAGUUUGGCUUCGUUUGCAUCGUGGUGCUAUCUAUGGCAGCACCUGGAAGUACAGCACCUUCUCUGGCUUCCUAUUGUACCAAGACUGAACUGCUGUCAGCUGAACAGUCCUCCCAGUGUGUGGGGUGGUUGCUUUGCACUGAAUGGCGAUUAAACUGACAUUUUAGUGUUGUGGUCAGGCGACAUACAAGUGUGCUUUUUUUCUUUCUUUCUACAAUAAAGACCAUUCAUGACAAAGUGUCAGUGGCCAAAUUAUAUGAUCCGUAUUCCAGUUAACAACUCCAUUUGAAAUGGGGAUUAUAUUUAUCAAAGUUACCUGAUUGUCCACGAAUGUGUACUUCAGGAUGGUUGUGCUCAAUUUGAGUGCGAUACUAGUACAACUGGGCCUUGACCACAUCAUCUUGCUGUUGCACUUAAGUUGUUCAGUCAUUUGCUCACUGGUUUCAGUGAAAACUCUAAUGUAAUUUUGUGCCUUUUGUAAUCUGAAUGGCUUUUGACUAACAAAAUGUGGAACAUCAAAUUAACUGAAUGUAUGGCUGAAUUGUAACUAUCAGAACUCCACUUGAAGCUGAACUCGUGCAUUCAGUCUAUCAUUGCUGUGUGUGAAUCUGAAAGACAGAUUGUGUUCUGAUUGGGUGGUGGGUAUAGUGUCAAACACUAAGCCAUAUUGUUGUCCAGAAAGAUAACUGUAAAAACAUCGACGUGGUCCCUUCAUUUUCCGAAUGUUAAAUAAAAUAUGAGCAGUA